CCAGAGCAUUGGUUUCACUGCUACCACUACCUACACCUCUUCAAUCUGAUUCUCAAAGACUUCCUCACCCUGGACCCAAAUGAGUGGACUGCGAAAGACAGUCUUUCAAAGUCGUGCAUGGCGAUGGUCGAGAAUGAUGCGACCCUGGAUCGAAGUCACACGACGCUGAACCCACGCUGGUGCAGAUGGUCAAGGACAACAUGCCUUUGUUGGUCCACUUGGUCAUCCGGUCGCAUCGUCCACUCGAAUGCCACCUUCUGAGCUACCAAGGGCCCAUAUCCCCAAUUGCGGCCCAAGCGGAGGAUGAGCAUGGGGGUCAUAUUCCUUAAGUAAUACACCAAUGAUAUAAAUUUUCGACUCUUUUCUGCAUAAUAAUCCUACCAUAAUCCAAG